UAAACAAAGAAGGCCGACAUUAUUUGAUAUAAAUGAGAAGGAAACUGUGUUUCAACUCUGAUGUCAUUCAUUUCUAAAUCAAGUGUUCCAUCAAUAGGAAACGUUUGCAAACAGUGAAAUCUAUCUAGCAACUAUUAAUCGCGAAAAUUGUAUAGUAAAUCACAAACAAAAAUAAUGAAUGGUCCUCGCAGUACAAAUGGAAAACAGCGUAGUGGCGAGGGAGGGGCUGGAGCAGGUUAUAUGCCAACUCCAGACGACGCCCGAUCGUCAUUACAAUAUUCAGCAUUAGCUUCACUUACUCCAGCGUCAGCAGUUAUGAGCGAUAUACCUCCAAUAUCUAUUGCAUUCGGAGAUUAUAUCACUUGUAAUCCGACAGAUCCAGAAUAUGCACGUAUUGCCAACCUUUUGGAUAAUCAAUCAGCGUCCCAGAUUUCUGACUUCUCUCUACAACAACAGUUACAUGCUGUUCGUGGAUUGCUAAAUCAAGUUGAUGUGAGCUAUGUCCGAUUUAAGAGCUCAUCGAUAACAUUUCCACGACCUUCUUUCGAGUAUGCAAUCAAUCCUCAGCCUUCAAUCCCACAGAAACGUCCAUUCACGCAGGCUAUGGAAAUGAUCCCUCAGAAUACUACCAGUAGUAAUAUAAUCUCACAACACCAAGAUUAUAAUCGCGACAUUUAUCAAGUAUCUGGCAUGGGUUCUCGAUCAUCUCAAAGCUUUCAUGCUAAUAAUGCUAAUAAAUCUGAAGUUAUCAUGAAUAGUGCUGUGCCUCAGCAAAUUGGUUAUAAUCAAAGUGUUUAUGAAGAAUGUAUUUUACCUACACCGAAUAUUCCUCGAAAUAUCAACCAUGUUCAUCAGAGAGAGCGACAGAACACGUAUAGUAAUGAUAGUAUUUAUGGAAAUUCUAUGUAUAAUUCAUCAGAUAAUCAAGAUAUUCGAACACCAUCUUCAUUAGUUUUCAUCGAAACUCCGGCACAUUCAAAUAGAGAUUAUCAUCUUAACGUUUUUUCAGAAGCAAAUAUGAUUCCACGAUCAUAUGAUAUACGUUCUAAUUCUCCACAUGUUGUUAUAGAAAGUACAUCCCUUUCAAAAUCUUACAUUCAGUCAAAAUAUCAAGAUUCUAAAGUGUCAUCUACUUCAUCACAAGAAAUAGAAAUGGAACAUUUAACUCCCCAAGUCGUCAUUAACCCAGAAACAUCUCCCGUAAAUAAUUUCUAUAAUGAACAAUACGAAGAUUCUGAUAAUCUCUUAACUACAAAACGACAAAGUAUUCGAGCAACAUCCCCUAAAGUAGUUAUAGAAAUUCCACCGAGAGAUAAAUUGGAAGAAUAUCGUUCGCCCCAAAAAUCAGAAUUUGAUUGGAGUCUUAGUCCGCAUCAAUCUCACAAAAAACCAAAUCAAGAAUACAAAAAACAUAAGGAUAAAGAUAAGGAUGAAGAACGAAAUGGAGAAAGUGUAUUGAUCAACUUAAUCAAUUAUAUGAGUAUGAUAUUUGAAGCUGAGGAUUCCGCCAGCGUAGAUCAAUCUAAUGCAAAUUCACAAAAUUCAACAUCAUUAUUUGUUCCAUCAAGUAUGGGCUCAAGCGAACCUCUGCUUACCACAAAUGCAAUCCAACAACUCAUAAAACUUGUUAGCAAAGUGAGCCGUUACAAACGUAUGGAGGAUGUUGAAGUAGAGGACUUAGCACGUCUUUUGAAAAUAUUAGAUCGUUCUGUGCGAGAGGUCGAAAAUUUUGAAGUAUUACCUAAGUCAACAUCUAAAAGCCGAAUUAAAGUAAAUCAAAAAAACUCUGAUUACAGUGUAGAUAAAGGUGAUACUUAUGAUGAUGAUUAUAAAAUGGAUGAAGACUCAAGGACGGAACAAAUUGAAGAAAAGCUUGAAAAAAUAAUGAAUGGGAUUGAUGCUGCAAUAGCUGCAUUUACAAUAAUGACGGGUGGUAAAUUAAGUAAACAGCUUUACCCUGAAGACCUAAUUACUUCAAGUUUGAAUCUUGUAAAAAAUCAACUUGGAGAAAUUAUAUACCGUUUUUUGGAAUUAAAUACGUCUAAAGAGGAAUUGAAUAAUGAAGCUGAUUCCUUAUUGCUCGAGAUUUUUGAUAAUUCGCGCCUCAAGCGUAAGAUAUCGGGAUUGCUUCCAAUUAUGACUACUUAUCUGAGAAAAUUGUAUGACUUAAUGCAACAAGAAGAGUUAUCAGAUAGCAUUGUCAUAACUGUUAGUUUUAUUGCUAUUGGACCAUUUUUUGUUGAUUCUGCUAGCGGUGGCAGCAAUAAUUUUUUUGGAAAUAAUGUUGAAUCUAUGAAAUUGGUCGCACUUGGAUUGUUGCGAUUGGUUUUCACAAAUCAUCAAAAACAACGUACUUGGAUUUUAGAGGAAAUUCUCACUUCUUUAAUUAAGUUACCCACGACAAAGCGUAAUUUACGACAAUAUAGGUUACCUGAUGGUAAAUCAAUACAGAUGGUUUCGGCACUUAUUUUGCAACUCAUUCAAAGUUGUACAGCGGGUACAAAUCAAUAUGGCUCCAAGGAAAUUGACGGCCAAGGCAGAGAUGAAAUUUUUGGAAUUGAUAUCAUUGGAGAUAUCAAUAAUUUAAAAAAGUGUGGAAGUGCUUGGAAAACGGGUAUUGAUGCUGCUAGUGCGAAUGCUGGUUAUGUUUUUAAAUUCUUGCUGGCAAGAUGCACAAAGUCUAUUAAAAACUCGAACGAGUCAGAAUAUCGUGUAUUGCUGGAUAACUUCAUGGAAGAUGUAAUCACAGUUUUAAAUUUUCCGGAAUGGCCUGCCGCAGAAAUGAUAGUUCACAUUUUCAGUAAAAUUAUGGUUGGCUAUAUUAACGAUAAGAAGGCAGACACAUACACAAAGUCCAUGGCUAUUGAUUAUUUAGGUACAAUUGCUGGACGAAUAAAGAAAUAUGCCAAUAACGUCCUAGUAACUGGUGAGAGUACAUUAGAAGAUAAUUGGGAAAAUAAAGAAGUUCGCCAUUGGAUAGAUAUGGCCAAAGAUGUCCCAAAGGGAGAGAUUACUAGUCUAACGAAUGCGCAGUCAGUGAACAAUCUUUGGGAAUGUCAAAAAGUUGUAUUAAAAUUUCUAGAAUUUGGCGCAUUAGAAGAUCCUGGAGUACAGUGUGCUCGGCAAUUUUAUUUGGCGGAGUGGGGAUAUUCUUUUGUUAACACGCUACUUUCGAUUUCUGAAAAUUUAUCGAGUGAAGACCGGGAAGAAAAAGCCACGAUUGGCGAAAUGAAAAAAUUGCUAGAUAAAAUAAUUGCCGAAUAUUGGCAAAUGUCUUUAGAAGAUAACAUUGACCAAAAUUUGAAACAAAGAUCAUUAGGUAUAGAACGUUCUGACAUUAGUCUUGUUACCGAACUUCUUGCAACAAGGCAAACUCUAUAUCAGAAUUUUGAUUCUAUCCUCUCGAGAAUUUUGGUUUCGCUUGAUACAGGUGUUGUUGCUUUUCGAACCAAAGCCUUGAGAGCCUUGGGCCAAGUAGUUAUUAAUGAUCCGAACAUUUUGAGUCAAGUUAAUGUUCGACAAACAAUUGCACAAAGACUUUCCGAUAAUUCACCGGCUGUUCGUGAUGCAGCUAUUGAUCUUGUUGGUCGAUAUCUCUCACAAAAACCCGAUAUUACUGAACAGUAUUAUAAAGUUAUCAGUGAGCGAAUUUUGGAUACCGGUCUCAAUGUCCGAAAACGUGUUAUAAAAUUACUUCGUGACAUAUAUCUUAAAAGUGCGGACCAGAAAAUGAUGAUAGAUAUUGGUUGUAAAAUUCUUAUGCGUAUAAAUGACGACGAUAAUCAUGUUAAGGACUUAGCUUUAAAAACAAUUCAAGAAUUAUGGUUUGUACCAUUCAAACAUCAAAGAACUGUGAGCAUUGACAUGGAUGAUCUUGAUGACGAUGAUGGACAAAGUGAAUUUACCAACAUGUCUUCUGUUGGUAAGAAAGAAGUUUUAAGUAGAAGCUUGUUAAUUGUUGGAGUUGCAGGACGCCUUGGCGAAAGAAACGGCCAUGUAUUAGGAGGAUUAUUCAAAAAGAUUUUAGAAAAGGAUGGAAAACAGAAACGGGAAGUUUUAAAUAUAUGCCAGUGUAUGGUGGAUUGUUUGUUCGAGCAUUUAUUGACAUUGCAAGACUCCAAUUCAAAGACUGAAGUCGUAAGUUGUAUAAGUACCAUAUGUCUCUUAAGCAAUGCCUCUCCUUCACUUGUUCGAAGACAUGUUGUCACUCUACAACCAUACUUAAAAAGUGCUAGCUCGUCCGAUGACCAAACUAUCUUAUAUUAUGUUUUGAUCAUCUAUCAAAGUGUUCUUCCACUUUUAAAACGACCAAAUCCAAGCUUUUUAACUGAAGUAGAGCAAGCUCUUCUUGGUCUACUUACCAAAAGUCCACAAAAGAUUCUUCAAGAAGUUGUACCGUGUCUUUGUGUUAUUGUUGACAAAUUAACGCAUAACUAUAUUCGUUUAACAAAACUGUUGAGAUCUUGUAUAGAAAAACUUAAAGUUGAGAAGAAACAUUUAGAUGCUGGUAAAGAUAUAUCUUCGGCGCGAAAUGUUAUGGUUCUUCUUUUAAUUAUCGGUCUAUUAUGUAAGAAUUUCGAUUUUGACAAAAAGAGAUCGGAAAAACCAGAUGAAAUGAAAGAAUUAAAUCUAAUUGAUAAGGGACCUAUAAUAACUAUUGUUUUCCAAUUAGUUUUAUAUUUUUGCAAAGAAAGCUUAUCAGAAACUGUUCAGAAAAUGGCAUUACAAAGUUUAGGGUUCAUAUAUUUAUCCUAUCCAAUCAUAAUGCUUAGACCGGAAAGUACGGAUCUAAUGGAUCGUAUAUUGAAUACUGGAGCUAUGGAUAUGAAAAUACAGCUAAUGAAGGUGUUUUCUGAUUUCUUGGUAGCAGAACAACAAAAAAUUAAUACAGAUUUAGAAGAGAAGAAGCAAAAAAAAAAUAACCCUGUCGAUCUAAAGGUUUUAAUUGGAAAUGCAGAUGAGUUUGCCGAGGCUGGUGUAAGCAGUUCUUUAAUGCAACGAUAUCUUGAUCGGAUUCUCGAAUGUACUUUUGAUCCAACACAAAGUUUGAAAAUAAUUGCUUUAGAUGUCUUAGGAAACAUUAUUCAGCAGGGCUUAGCACAUCCUGUAUUGUGUAUCCCGACAAUUGUUGCGAUAGAGACUAGUCCAGAACAGACUGUUCGUGACAAGGCAUUUAAAUUGCAUCAACACUUAAAUGAAAAACAUGCUUCACUGAUACAUUCUCGAAAUGUAGAUUGUGUUAAAAAGGCGUACGCUUUUCAAAAGCAAUUGGUUUGUGAAAAUCCUAUUGUUGGGUAUGCUGUUCGAAAUGACGAGGGACAUCCUGAAGCUUUGCUUAAUCCUAUGUAUUCAUUACUGAAAGAAAAACGGCAACGUCGUAAUGAUUUCUUAAUAUCAAUUGUCAGAACAUUCGAUUUUGAUUUAAUACGAUGUGAUGAAUCAACGGUUGAUGUCGGUUUUUGUAAAUUUGUUGCGGAAAAUCUAGCUACUAUUGAUUAUAAGUCUUUGGAAGAAGUCCUUCAUGUUAUUUAUUGUAUCAAUCGUGUUUUGUCAGUUGUUGCUAUAAGUGCUCUGCAUUCUAUUCAAAAUAAUGCAAAAAUACUCAAUAUUGACAUGGAUAUAAUUAAUCAGAAUAAAACUUCACAAGAGCAGGCCUCUGUCAAUAUUCAAACAUUUGAUGAAAACAAUUCUCCGCAUCAGCCUAGCGUUACUAUGCUUAACGGAAGUUUUAUGAAUGUGAGCGAAACUACAGACAAUGACAUUAAAUUAAAUUCAAUGUUAAUUGAAGGUGUUCAAAAGCCUGAACUUUUAGAGAAUAUAGAGAAAAAGGAAACACAAGAAGAUAGUCAAGAACAAGAAUCGAGGAAUAAAGACAAAGAAACUAUUUUGCCAUUGCCUUAUGCUGCAAAGGUUUCCAUUUGUAUGACUAUUCUUAUGUACUUGAAGGAACAUCUGAAAAAGACAUAUGCACUUAGCGAAGCCAAAUGUCAGAACUUCAAUCCAGCCCAAAGUGGAUCCAAUAAAGAUAAGCCAGCUCUACGUCAUCAAAAUGCUCCACCAGUAAUUACAUGGGAUGGUCUUUCGUUUAUAGAUAAACCUUUGCUAACGGACGAUGAUAUAAAACAACAAUGCGAAUUGUUCAGAAAGCUUAUCGCUGAGGAUGGUACGCAGAAAGAAGAAUUUGCCGAUACAGAGAUGGAGGGAGAUUUAAGUAGCAAACAAUCAAAUAGUUAUGCUAGUUUGGAUCGCAUGGAUCUCGAUAUAACGACUAUGACUAUAUUUGAUGAGACAACACAUACAACAGUAAAACCAUCAGGAGGUACAUCUUCAAGAAAAGGAAUUGUACGUAAAUUAGGUCCAAAAUCAAAAAACGCAUCAUCACCAAGAACAUCAGGAAAUAAAAAAAGAAAUACACCUAAUAAUGACACUGUAUCUAAAAAAUCUAAAAAGAAACGAAAAUCAAUUAUAGAUAAUGUGACUGAUGAAGAGGAUAGUGAUUUUCAAUUGUAACUGGAAAUUUAAUAAUAAUAAUAACUAUUUUUACAUCGAUAGUUACUUUUUUAAUAGCAUAUUUGGGAAAUAUGGAUGUAUAUUACGAUCAAUUGCUAUUCUUUUUUUUUUUU